CUAUCAAUGAAAUAGUACCGGAAGAGGGGAGUUUGGAGAAAAGAGGAGGAAAGAACGGAAAAAAAAAUCAUUCCCACGACUUACUUUCUUUAUUUUCGAGAGAAUAUUUACGUGUUUUCUUGUAAAGACCAAGUGAAAUCCAAUCUAAAAAAAAAUGAAGUGUAUUAUCGGAAUCGGCGGUGUGACCAAUGGUGGGAAAACCACCCUGACCAAAAGGCUUGUCAAGAUCUUACCAAAUUGUUGUGUAAUACAUCAAGAUGACUUUUUCAAGCCCCAAGAUCAAAUAGAGGUCGGGGAGGACGGCUUUAAACAGUGGGAUGUGAUCGAAGCCCUGGACAUGGAGGCUAUGGUGAACACUGUAAAAGGCUGGGUUGAGAACCCAGUGAAGUUUGCCCGCUCUCAUGGUGUGACCCUGUCACCCUUAACUGACGGGUCUGAUCCUGAGAGAGAGCUCCACAUACUCAUUGUGGAGGGCUUUCUGCUCUAUAAUUACAAACCUCUGAAUGAAAUCUUUGACAAGAGCUACUAUGUGACCAUUCCAUAUGAAGAGUGCAAAAGGAGAAGAAGCACAAGAACCUACACGGUUCCUGACCCUCCCGGUCUGUUUGACGGACACGUGUGGCCCAUGUACUUGAAACACAGGAAAGAGAUGGAGAGCAACUGCAUAUCUAUUUGUUAUCUCGAUGGCACAAAAUCAAAGGAUGAGCUCUACAACCAGGUUUACGAGGAUCUCCAGAACACGCUGCUUAAUAAGUUAUAGCACGGCCAAACUAUCUGGAGUUGAUGUGUACAGAACUGUAAAUAGUAAAUUGAGAGGAAAUCAGUUCUACCAUGGAAUAUGAACUUUUGUAAAUAUAGCAAUGGGAAAACGACUUAUUUUAGCUGCACCAACAAUUUUGUAUUGCUUUUCUGUAUUGUAGCAUUUCUUUUAUAUUAAAAGCGUCUAUGGCUGCUGGAAAAUAGAAAAUGUAUGGCUGUAUAGCAUGGGUGGCUGUUGACUUUAAACAUACAUAAAAAAAAUUACAAUGAAAA